ACCGCACCGGGAGCCUGUUGUCCUGGGGACAGAAAGACCAUGGGAACGAGUCAGGACACUGACAAACACGUGACUUAGGGAAGAGCUGCGCAUGUGCAUUCCGUCGAGGAGGAUUUUGCUCCACAUGCAAAACACUGAAUUUUGCUGCAGAUUAUAAGGGGAGGAAAAUUAAUCUCAAGCUACCCAUCAUCUGUUUUGUAUCGGUUUACAAAUUUUCUGCUAUGUGAGAUUCUUCCCGUGAAACGAGGACAUCCACAUACUUGCACUUUAACAAAGGAUAUAGUGGUGAUAUUUUUUUACUGUGGCUAAGAAAAGUGAUAUUUUCUUAUAUACUACAUUAAUGUUUGGACACAUCAAUGGUUGUUACAUGACACUUGACAUUCCAUUGUACCAAAAUGACAAUAUCUGUACGUGGAGGGACCAGUGGAGAUGUGGUGGCCCCAAACAGUACUACAUCCAUACAGCAAGGUAGCCAGUCAAGUGAAGCAAGUCAACAACAACCUGACAAUGAGAACUCUGCUGUGCAGAGUGAUGAUAGUGCAAGUCUUUUGCUGCCUAAUGGUGAAGUUGCAUUUCCUCUUUCUGAACUGUCUAAAUUGGAUGAAAUGAUCAACAGACCACGCUGGGUGGUGCCUGUUCUUCCCAAAGGAGAACUGGAGGUACUUUUGGAAGCAUCCAUCAGACUUUGCCGAGCAGGAUUGGAUACUAAGAGUGAAGAGUGUCAGAGGUUCUUCAGGGAUGGAUUAACCACUUCAUUUCAUAAAAUUCUCAAUGACGAGGCAGUCAAUGGAUGGAAGUAUGACAUUCAUAAAGCAAUUUUGAAGAAUACAGAGAAACUUGUGGAAUUGUGUGUGACAAAACUGCAGCAGGAUUGGUUCCCACUUCUGGAUCUUCUUUCUUUGGUCUUUAAUCCCAUGUCCAGAUUUAAUAUCUACAAUGGUGCAAGACCUUCAGAAACAGUUCCCCAGGGAGCUCAGGUUAGUUGCUAUACAUAUGAAANGAACUUGGGAUGGCUUGUAGAUCUGGUUAACAAGUUUGGUAUACUUGGAGGCUUUAGUGUAUUACAGAAAAGAAUAUGUGACGGCAAUAAUCUUAGUGUUCCACUCUUAGCAGCACUGCUUAGGGUUAACUUCAGGUGCAUUGUCACCUUAAAAUCUGCCUGUUGAGAUGUGUUUGUUGAGGAUAUAUUUUCAUCUCCACAGGAUUUUGUACCUUCCUUUCUUGAGAACUUAACUGAUGAUGAACUUAAAAAAGAAGCAAAAAAUGAAGCUAAGAAUGAUGCUCUCUCAUCAAUUAUCAAGGCUCUUAAAAACUUGGCAUUUAGGCUAACAUCUCGAGAAGACAUUGCCAAACAACUGGAAACAUUUAAGCUUAAAAUGAUUCUUAGGUUACUUCAAAUUUCUUCAUUUAAUGGCAAGAUGAAUGCAUUAAACGAGAUAAACAAAGUUAUUACUGGUGUAUCAUACUUCACUCACCGACACACUGUAACAGAAGAGGAUGAGUGGCUGACAGCUGACAGAAUGGCAGUGAGUAUACAUGUAACACUAGACAUAGUCUUUCAGUCUUUCUGGGGAUUUACAGAUUUACAUGAAAAAUGCGUGCUACAAAAUGGGCUAAAUUUUGCUACAACCCCAAGAGUCAUCCCAAUCGCCAACAUUGUAACAAAUAUUGAAACAGGAGUUUACAACCUUUCUGAAAACUCUAAAGUGACAGUAUGUGCUGCUGCUGUCAACAUUUUGAAAAACAGCAAACCAGAGACCAACCCUAACAUCUGGCGACAACAACUCACCGCAGUAAUGAACCUCAAACAGGACUCUUCUGUUACUGUUGUGCCAGUAGAUAAGAUGAAGGCUGUAGUUGUCAUGGACACAGUUGAGUACAGAGAGAAGGGCAUUACUCUACCAAAGCGUACAUACGUUUCUGUAGCAAACAUCAUGAAGUUGUUAGAGUUUGUCUUAAAGAACAGCUAUUUCACUUACAAACAAGAAGAUCAUUACCAGCAAACAUUAGGCUGUGCCAUGGGCUCACCAUAUUUUUCCUUACAGGCUGGAAAACAUGAUGCAAUUGUAAAGAACAUUCAUGAUCUUUUGGCCAAAUUAGCCUGGGAUUUUUCUGCUGAGCAACUUGACCAUCUCUUCUCUUGCUUUCAGGAGAGCUGGACAAAUGCUAGUAAAAAGCAGAGAGAAAAACUACUGGAGUUGAUAAGACGCCUGGCUGAAGAUGAUAAAGAAGGUAUCAUGGCACACAAGGUGUUGGGCUUGCUGUGGAACCUUGCUCAUAGUGAAGAUGUCCCUACUGACAUCAUGGACCUAGCUCUUAGUGCACAUAUCAAGAUUCUGGACUACAGUUGCUCACAGGACCGUGAUUCUCAAAAAACAGAAUGGAUUGAUCGUUGUAUAGAAGAGCUACGUAGUGAUACUUGGGUUCUACCAGCACUCAAGCAAAUCAAAGAAAUCUGCUCUCUUUUUUAUGAGGUAAAACAAAAUACUAUUAUUUUACAUUUUCUUAAAACUAAGCUUUUAUUUACCCGUAGGUUUCUUCUCAAAGAUGGACAGUUGUGGUUGUGUGAACCCCAGGCUAAAUUGAUCUGGCAGUGUCUUGCAGAAAAAGCUGUUCUACCAUCAGACAGAGAGUGUUGCUUCAAGUGGUUUUCAAAGUUAAUGGGUGAUGAACCAGACCUUGACCCUGAAAUCAGCAGAUCAUUUUUUGAGGGCAACGUCCUCAAGUUAGAUCCAUCUCUGUUAACAGAAAAUGGGAUAAGAUGUUUUGAAAGAUUCUUCAGAGGAGUGAAUAUCAAAGAAGGUAAACUAGUAGUCAAACGAAGAGCAUACCUCAUGGAAGAUUUAGAUUUAAUCGGAGUGGAUUACUUGUGGCAGGUUGUGCUUCAAGGCUCAGAUGAUAUUGCUAGCAGGGCAAUUGAACUACUCAAAGAGACCUUCACUUCUCUAGGACCAAAACUGAGGGCAACUCAGGUUGAUAUCCAUGAUAAAUUUAUCCUGAAUUGUACCAAUCAGAUUCGUCAAUCUGCUGACUUAUUCUCUAAUAAGUGUACAGAGAAUAUACCUAUUGAGGAGAAGGGUUCGAUCCCAAGGGAAAUGCUUCAGCAGGAAGCUAAGAAAACAGUGCGUUGUUUGACAGUGCUUAAAGAGUUUGUAGCCGAGUGUGAUGAUGAACAUGCAGAAGAAAGGGCAAUUCUGCCUCAUGGAAGGUCAUGUCGUGGUCGACAUGUGUCAUUGAUUGUCAGAUUCCCAUCUCAUGGUCGUCAGGGAGAGGACUUUGAAAUUUGGUCACAUACCAAUGAGUCUGUAGCAUCUGUAAGGCGACAGAUUAUGAGCAGAUUUAAGGGGUCACUACAGGCAGCCAGACUUGAUUUGUAUGUUAAUGGAGAAAUCCUUUGUCCUUCUGAUGAUAAGAGGCUUAUUUCACAAGUGCCACUAAGAGACAGGACUUUAAUAACAGCCAAGAUUGGAACGCUGAAUAAUUCCAUGCCAUCAUCACCUGACUCAUCAUCAGACUCAUCAGGGGGCUCCACACCUGCUGCCCUAGAUGGACCAAACUUGGAAGCUGAGAACUGCCUUCCAGGCGUGAUGUUGUCCAAACGACACAGUUUUAUGCAGUACCUUAUAGAUCUUGCCGAUCAAGGUAUUACUCAUAACAUUCCUGAUUUAAGAGAAAGAGUUCAACAGCUACUGAACCUAAUACCAUCAGAUACUGAAACUGUAGGGAAUAUCAAGAACAUCUGCCGAACGUCUUCAGAAAACAGCUCAAAAACACCAUCUUUACUGGAUGCUAUGUUUUUUACAUCCUCCUCAACUCAAGUUCUUUAUAACUUAGAGGUAAAAGUCAGCNCAAAAUCUUCCUCUGAGUUGAAGGUUCACUUUUUAAAAUGCGGUGGCAUUGAGUGUGUCCUUAACAUGCUGACAAGGACAGAUUUCCUUCAACAUGCUGAUGCAAUAACGAAAAGGGGGGCAUUUUAUACACUCCUUAAAAUGUCCAAGUUGUUACUGACAGUGGUUGGCUAUGCACAAGUAACAGUUGUUGCAGAGGCCAUUCAACCAUCUGACCCAUCUUGUUCACCACCUCCAAUCUCGGCUAGUGCACACAAUGCCGCAGUUAUUCUACAGCAAGCUUUACAGUACAUUCCUAACCCUGGCACGGAAUGUAUGUUACGGAACAUGGCCGUCAGACUUGCAGGACAUUUGAGUAGCCUGGUUUCGGGGCCUUUGCCAGAUUUGACUGCCAUUAAGUCUGUGCAGCGGUUGUCGUGGGCUGCAGGUGUGGGGAUGUUACACCUCAUGCAGUCAACAAAUGAAGAAAUACACAAAGUUUAUGAAAAGUUAUUUUGUGUUAUUUUAUGUCAGGUACUGAGUGUUUGUCUAGCUCUUUGUCCAAGUGCCUUGGAAACUCUCACCAAAGACAAGUCUUGGCAGUGUUUCAUCAUUGACCUCCUUAUUUUGUGUCAAAGCAGAGCGAUCCGCUUCAGCACAGCAGAGCAAUUUUUCCUAGUUGCUACAAGAUGUUCCCAUGGUCACAGGCCACUGAUAUUUUUCAUUACACUUCUUUUUACGGUACUUGUGGUAAGUAGAUUACUUGCACAUGCUUUCAUGACACACUGUCCCCUGCCAACAGCAGAAAUGAUGCUUAACACUGAAAUAAGCUGGCUAAAAAAGACUAAGGAUCAUGUUCUAUCAUUCAAUGAGGGUAGUUCACCUGUGGAUGAAGCACUGUUGGAAGGCCAUUUAGGAGUUACAAGAGAACUUCUACUUUUCCAGACUGCUCAGAAGAAAUUUGCCAUUGGCUCACAAAAGGAUGGACCUAAUCUUAUCAAGGUGACAAUACAGAACACUUGUCUGAGUUCAUGUUCUCUGCAUAAAGCACUGUUGAGCAUUUUAAUGCAUUUCACAAGGCUGUUUUACUUGCCUCUUUUAAUAGACGAGGUAUGGAACAAGCGAGUGACACCAAUCUGUUCCACGGCACCCACUUUGGUAGCUGCAUUUGAUCUUCUGGUUGCACUUUGUCGAGGUUGUGUUCAAAAUCUCAAAGUCUUAGCAGACAUCCUCACUGAUUUCUACUACUCUGGUGAAGAUCCUCCUUUGACAGAGUGGGAGCAUUUACCUCCAAUUGGGCCACGCUCAUACAAAGGGUAUGUGGGUCUGAAGAAUGCAGGGGCCACAUGUUAUAUGAAUUCAGUAAUUCAACAGCUAUUUAUGAUUCCUGAACUGCGUGAGGGUGUGCUGAAGGUGGAGGGAGCUGCUGUAAAAGAAGAAGAGGAUGGUGUUGAUGUCGAGGAGAAGUCUGAGAGUGAGAACACAAUAGACACUGGAUAUCAGUCUGAAGACAACAGAGACAAUGAUAAGGAAACUGAGACAAACGACAAAGAGCAGGAAGUAAAGAAGUAUCGAGUUAGUGUUCUCAGUCAGAUUCAGUUCAUCUUUGGACACCUGGCACAGAGUCAGCUGCAGUUCCAUGUACCACAGGGAUUCUGGAAAACAUUCAAGCUGUGGGGUGAACCAGUAAAUUUACGAGAACAACAUGAUGCUCUGGAGUUUUUCAACAACUUGGUUGAUAACUUAGAUGAAGGAUUGAAGGCGUUGGGUAGUGAGCCACUGUUUUCCAACACAUUGGGCGGCAGCUUUGCUGAUCAGAAAAUCUGUAAAGGUUGCCCUCACAGGUAUUCUCGUGAAGCACCAUUCAUUGCUCUGAAUGUGGACAUUCGUAAUCAUCAGAGUUUAUUGGACUCCAUGGAACAAUUUGUCAAAGGUGACUUGCUUGAAGGAGCCAAUGCAUACCACUGUGAAAAGUGUGACAAAAAGGUUGACACAGUCAAGCGGAUGUGCAUUAAGAAACUUCCACGAGUGCUAGCAAUUCAGCUGAAACGAUUUGACUAUGACUGGGAAAGAGAGUGUGCCGUGAAAUUCAAUGAUUACUUUGAAUUUCCCCGUGACAUUGAUAUGGAGCCAUUUACAGAACUUGGACUUGCAAAGCUUCAAGGUGAAAUCACACAAAACUCAACUGAGUCAGAAUCAGAGGAAGAAAAAAAUGUGAAAAAAGUAAGCAGUACAAAGUACCGAUUAGUGGGAAUCUUAGUACACAGUGGACAAGCCAGUGGUGGACAUUAUUACUCUUAUGUCCUGCAAAGAGUGUCUCCAGAUAUUUCACCCAAAUGGUACAAAUUUGAUGACGGUGAAGUCUCGGAAUGCAAAAUGGAUGAUGAUGAGGAAUUAAAGACUCAGUGUUUUGGAGGAGAGUACAUGGGAGAAGUGUUUGAUCACAUGCUAAAAAGGAUGUCCUAUAGAAGACAAAAGAGAUGGUGGAAUGCCUAUAUCCUUUUUUAUGAACGUCUUGAUGUUUUGGAUCAAAACAGAACAAUCGAUGUAGACAGAAACUGCCAGAUGCCAGCAGUGAUCAAGAGAGCAGUGUGUAAACAAAAUGUACAUUUCCUUCACAAUCGAAUACAAUACAGUGUAGAAUUCUUCCAGUUCAUGAGAAAGCUAGUUGUCGCUAAUGCUUCAUUAGAAAACACGUUGGAUGUCGAACAGCUGUCAGUGAUCAGUAUUCAGUUGGUCUCAAAGUUCCUUUUUACCACUGGCUUACGCACCAAGAAAACUGUCAGGGGUCCUGCAGGUGAAUGGUAUGACGUCGUAUGCAUGUUACUCAGACAGGGUAAAGUGGUCAGAGAGUGGUUUGCCAAGUUUGUAUUGUUCUGCAACCCAGAUCGUUUUUCAGAGUAUUUACUUGAGUGCCCUAGUGGAGAGGUACGAAAUUGCUUUGCAAAAAUCCUUGUGUUUUUAGCACACUUCUCCCGCCAGGAUGGUCCAUGCUGUCCAUACCCAGAGAACAGUAAACAAGAAAUAGGUAUGUUUGGAUCUUCCACUUGUUCUGUUUGGCAAAACAUGGGUGCUUUAAAAGUGAACAGUUGUUCUAAACGAAUAAUAUGUACGUGGAGAAUGAGAGGUGUUUAUGCAUCAAUUUAUUUUGUAAAGCAAAAAAAAAAANGAUUAUUAUUACUCAGUAUAUAUAGCGUCCAACCAGUAUCUGGCAGGUAUUUAAAGAAAGUCAUUGAAGAAAGCACUACUUCAGAAGAUACUCUAAAGCUGUUAAGAUUUUGCUGUUGGGAAAACCCACAUUUUUCAAGAACAGUGCUGUGUGAACUUCUGUGGCAGGUCGCCUUUUCAUAUACAUAUGAACUUCGACCAUAUCUAGACUUGUUGCUGCAGAUGAUGCUUAUAACAGACUCUUGGCAGAGUCACAGAAUUCACAACACUCUUAAAGGUAUUCCGGAUGACAAGGAUGGUUUAUUUGACACAAUCCAGCGUUCAAAGAAUCAUUACCAGAAGAGAGCAUAUCAAUGUAUCAAGUUCAUGGUGACACUGUUUUGCAGCUGUCCCCUCGCACACCAGAUUCUUCUAGCAGCACCGGACCUCCGACGGAAAUGGGCAUGGGCAGUGGAGUGGCUUAAUGACGAGCUUGACAGGAGACCCUACACCGGUGGAACGUCUUACACAUACAACAACUGGUCCCCCCCAGCUCAAUCCAAUGAGACAUCUAAUGGGUAUUUCCUGGAGCGAUCACACAGUGCCCGACUGACACUGGCCAAGGCCUGCGAGUUGUGUCCUGAAGAGGACCAAGAGGAGCCUGAGGGAGAUGUGGAAGGGGAAAAUGGGACCUCGGCAGACGAAGCUUCUCCAAAUGCCCAGCGUUCAAGUCCUUCUCGGGAUUCUCAAAACCAGUCUCCUCCGGUUACAGAUCAGAUCCCACCUUUGGAUAACAGUGAUACUGUAGAUAAUGAGUCGACUAAGCUCCUAAAUGAAGAGUCCGACUGAUCACCAGGCGUUUUAGUCGCUACAAACAAAAGUUUGAUGAACCACCUAUCAACUGCAUUAGCCACGGUGGAGUGUGUGUUCCCACCUGGUACCUUCACGACAACACACCAAACCACGACGGCCUGGUUACAGUGGCAUUUACAUCAUUUUGACUCAAGCCCCACGCAAACAAGAAGUAAAACCAAAUUGCGCUUAUUGGACAUGUUACAAUGAUUGUUUCGAUCACUUGGAGUUAAAGUGAAAAGUGCUAAUUUAUUUUUAUUUAAUGUAGAGGGCCGUUUCCUUUGACUGAGCAAAUCAGUGUUGGAGUACUUUCCGAUAGUGUUAUUGUGGCGCGCUUGGUUGUGGUGUAGGUCUUUGAGGACCUUUUUUCAGUCUGAUAGAAUCAGAAUGAACAAUAGCCCAUGCAUCAUUCAUUUACGAAGAAUUCAAUUUUCUGUAAAGAUUUUAAAGAAAAACAAUAAUGGAAUAAUUUUAGAGCUUAUGAAAAGUACAAAUAGAAGUAUUGACCAUUGUUCUUUUCUCGUUAUUUGGUUCAUCUGUUGCUUGGUUAGCUCUCCGAAAUUAGAGUACAACCCCACUUUUAACAAACUUUCUUGGUUCCGACAUAGUAUUUUAUGGUUUUGUUUAUUCAGGUUUUACAGGUUAAAUACCUUUGUUUACAAGUGUUUCUUGUUUUAUCUUGCGCUGCUGCGUACUAGGAUGCACUAUUUGCGCUUAAGUAUCCGUAUUGCGCGAUAAAAAAAAUAGUGGAAUCCUACUAGUAUACUAAUGUUAAUCCCAUUUGAUUGGCUGAGCUAUCUUACGUUCAGCCAUAAUUGGUGUGCAUUGGCUGGAGGUUGUACAUAUGAUGGAGAUAUCGCCGAUGUUGCGGAGGAAUAUUUAGUAACUACGGGAUAAUUCAAUUUCCAAGAAGAUUAGAAUUGUCUCAGCAGGCUGGUAUCCUUAAUUUUCGAAUUUGAUUGGCUAAUCUCCGAACCACUGUCUGGAAUUUUUUUCCACGCUGUAUUUAUUGGUGGCAUUUAAACGAUCACAGGUCAGCUGCCUGGAGAUGGGAUUCGGAAAAACCUGGAAGCUGCCCAUGUCUUCCUAAAUUUAGCUAGGUUAGAAAACAAAGGAAAAUUUACAUUUCUAUACAAUGCGAGCAAUCCUGCAGUUUCUUCAAUAUCAUAACAAAGUUAGUAAUAAAGCCAUACAGCCCGCGUGCUGA